AUGAGUUAUCGGAAAGAUCAAUCGAGGAAGCAUGAUCCUGAAAGUACUGACCAAAAUGCUAACAGCUAUUAUGAAAACAUUAUAUUGAAAUCACAGGAUAACUUUAAUGACAAUAAAAAUAGGAAUAAUAAAAACAAAACCCUGCCUGUAAUUAAUACAAACUUUAUUGCUACAGCAGAUAAUCCGUUUUUAACAACUAUUUCCACAAAUAAUAGUGAUGGUCCUAAUAAUAAUACUAAUAAUAAUAAUAAUGAUAAUAAUAAUAUCUUGCCUCAUCACAACAAUCGGACUAUUACUCCUUUAAAUAAUACUGUAAAGCCGUUAAAACCUGUAAUUGUUUUAUCACCAAUAGAAAAUGAUUAUCCAAUACCUUCCACAACGACAACAAAUUAUAACGGAAUUAAUGUGGCAAAUAAUACAACAACUGAAAAUUAUCAUAUUUUGUUAUCGUCGCCAUCAAGCAAUAGCAAAGAUGAUAAAGAAGGGCACAUUACUACCAUGGAACCUUUUUUUUAUAAUAAAGUUACUAAUACUAACGUGGUCAACAACAACAACAACAACAAUGAUAAUAUCACUACUACUACUACUAAUAAUAAUAAUAAUAAUAAUAAUGCUACUACCGAGAAUUUUAAUUUUAUUCCACCUUUGAACGAUGAUAUAAUUAUUGAUUCACAUUAUAAUAUAAAUGAUUUGUUGAAUAACAAUAUUAGUGAAAGAUUAAACUCAGCAAGUCAACAAGAUUCCUUUAUUAACAGUUCCACUUUAAACACAACUAACUAUAACAAUAAUAAUAACAAUAAUGUUUUUUAUGGUUCCCAAGCUAGUAGUGAUGUUUCUACUAAUUCGUAUAAUGAUAAAAUUCAUAUUCAGAAUGGUGGUUUGAUUUUUCAAAAUGAUCACGUUAAUGAUGGCAAUGCUACUUCAUAUCCCAUCGUAAAUAAUAAUUAUGAUGGUAGUAAUAUCACUAAUAAUAAUAAUAUGCCUACCGUUCAGUAUAUUAAUGUUUCCCAAAAUUCACAUCGUUUUGAUUAUACGGAUAAUAAUAUACUGGAUAGAAACAAUAUGAUAAUUAAUAACGGUACUAAUAAUAAUAAUAAUAAUAAUAAUAAUAAUAAUAAUAAUAAUAAUAAUAAUAAUAUUGAAAGUGAAAAUUAUUAUCUGGAAAAACCAAAUAAUAAUAUAAAUAUUUUCAGCACUCACAAUAAUAAUAUCAAUAAUUUUCGGAGUAAAAAUGAUACAUCACAUUCCCCAUAUUUAAAUGUUACAGAUACCAUCAUACACAACGGUGGUGGUACUCCUACUUAUCCUAGUUCGUUCUAUUCUCAUUCAGAUGUUAAUAGCUUAUAUUUAACGGCUUCGGAGGGUAAAUCCUCCCCUGUUCGCUCGUUAUUAAGUGUUCCUACAGACCAAGAAGAUGAAGAAAUAAAUGAUUUCUUUAAUUUAGAUUCCAAUUCAUUGUUAGAUGCUCCUAGCAGCAACAUAGAUAGCAAAUACGCAAGCAGUGACCAAUCCAGCGCCAAUAGCUUUGUGUAUAAUAAUGCAGACCACCAUGGAAAUAAUGGUAAUUCUAUGAUUGUACCUGACAUUGUUACUACUAAUGCUACCUUUGACAUCGGAAAUCAAUAUGGCAAUCCGCAGAUUCAAGAUUUUCUACUACAAAAUACUACCGAUUAUAACAUCAACGCUAACGACAAUAUUGAUGUUAAUUUUCAAAUAUCCACCAAUGUCAAUAUUAAAAAAUCAUCUUCCAGAAAUAAACUGAAUACCAUCACACCCAAUAGCAGCAAUAAAAGUGAUAUAAACUAUAAUGAUAACUUUUUAAAGGUCUCGUCAAAAGUUAACAGUGAGGAUGAAUAUACAAGUGAUGAUAAAAAGAUUAGAAGAAGCAGAAGUAUAAAUAAAAAGACGACAAAAAGCAAGAAAAAAAAGAAGACACCGGAAGAAAAAGCCAGAAGUUUGAGCAAAGAUAGAGAAAAAUUACUGAAAAUGGCUAAUUUGGUUGUACCAUCAAAGAACAAGAAAGAUAAAAAGGGCACUUUUGAUACGUCUUUAUCACCAUUAUCAAUAGCAAUACAGGAUGGUAAUAAUGAGGUGGAUAAUGAAGAUAACAUCAUUUUUGGAAAUGAUAGUAAUAGUAAUGAUUUUGAUGAUAAUGGGUACGGAAGUGAAUCCUCCUAUUUUAGCUCUGCGAGUAAAUCAAGUACUGGCAGUAUCCAGUAUAAACAGCCAGAUAGCUCUAGUACUAACGCGACUGAUACCACCACUACGGCAUCCUGUUCUGAUAACAAUAAUAUUUCUACACCCGAAGCGGCGUAUAAAUGUACAUUCUGCGACAAAUUAUUUACCAGACCUUACAAUUUAAAAUCGCACUUAAGAAGUCAUACCAAUGAGAAGCCUUAUUCAUGCCAGUACUGUUCUAAAGCAUUUACACGACAACAUGAUAGAAAAAGACAUGAAGAUCUACAUAGCGGCAAAAAAAGGUAUGUUUGCGGUGGUGUUUUAAAAGAUGGUGUUACCACAUGGGGGUGUGGCAAACGGUUUGCUAGAAGUGAUGCAUUAGGUCGACAUUUGAAAACAAGAUCAGGUCAAAAGUGUAUCCAACCAUUAUAUGAAGAAUUCAUGAGUGACCAAGAGAGAAGAAAAUCUGUUGUCGAAGAUGAUGGCAAUUAUCUUAAGGACCAAGAUUUAAUUCAUAAUUUUGAUGAAUAUAUUAAAAAAGAAGGUAGAAAUGUUAUUGCUAAUUCCAAAGUAUUUACCGAAUAUGGUUCAAAGAGUGAUAUAAAUGGUGUUAAGAAUGACGAUAGUACUUUAUACGCUAGUGUUGGUGCAGUUAAGGAUAAAAUUCACAGUCAAAGUAUUAAAGUUGAAUCACCAAAUACGCAUCACGAAAUUCAUACUAAAAAUAAUCACUUGGAUAUUCCACACGUUAAUCCGUACCAUAUUGACGAACGACAGCAGCAUUUUCAUAAAAAUACCAAUAGUAAUAAUGAAAAUUCAGAAAUAAGCUAUAAGAUGAAUGAUUCUGGUUAA